GGAUCGCCUCCGUUUCGCGCACCCUCUGCUUCGGCCCGACACGCAGUCGCAACUCCAUCGCCACAACGGCCGCGCGACCGUCGUGAUAUCCUCCACACGAUUCGGAGGGUUCCACCCGCCCACCGCCAUGUCCGAACAGGACUUCUCGGCCACCAACGCGGGCACCAGCCGGCAGACGGCCCCCGGCAAGCACCGGGGGCCUCGCUUUACCUGGAACUCAGAGUUUGAGGCCACCUUCUUCCGCUCUCUCUGCGAGUCUGUCUCCCUCGGCCUACGCGAUGGCAGCACCUUCAAGCCGGAGGCCUGGGAGCGCGCCGUGCAGGCUCUCAUCGACAAGCACAACGCCUACGCCAACAAGGGUCACCUCAUCAACAAGACCGACAACGCCCGCAAAAAAUACCGCCUCUGGCGCGGCCUGCGCGAGGACCCAGAAUUCUAUUACAAUGCCCAGACGCGGAUGGUAACGGCGACCGACGAGGCUUGGGCAAGGCAUCUUCAGAAAGAACCGCUCGCCCGCUCCCUACGCGCCCGUCCGUUUGAGCAUGAAGAGUACUAUGAAAUAUUGUUUCCCGAUGUUAUCGGGUCUGGCGGCGCGCCGAAACGGCUCACAAAACCCCGGCGAAAGGCUGCUGCAGAGAAUACCAAUAAUACGACAGAAGAGCCCCCCGAUACGUCAGGGACGGGCAUUAUGGACCUGCUUUCAGAUGCGGCGUACAUCAACCCGAACCAGACGCACAUGCCUCCAGCACUGCCGCCGGCGAUGCCAGCCCCGAUGACGCACCAUCAGCCUCCACAACAGCAGCAGCAACAACAACAGCAGCAGCAGCAGCAGCACCGAGCGCCGACAAACACGAUGCCGCCCCCUCCGCCACGGUCCUCCGUCUCGUCUGCCUCAGCACUAACGCCGCCCGAAGAGACCGGAUUGCAGACUCGCAAACGCCUGCAGGCCCCAGAUAACAAUUCUGCCUCGACAGGACAACAACCCGAUAAGCGACGCCGCACCGGCGCUCCAGGGUAUCUCGACCUAACCCAGCAGCAACGACAGCAGCAACAACAUCAACAGCAGCAACAGCAACAGCAGCAACAGCAACAACAGCAGCACCAACAUCAUCAGCAACACCAGACGCAAAAUGCAUCUACAGUCACGGCCCUCGCCGAAACCCUACAGCUCCUCUCCGAAGCACUCCGCAACAGCGUCGGCGUCGGCUCGACGCGCGGCGGCAAGUGGCAGGAACAGGCCAUGGACAUCUUCUUCCGCGACUUUGUCGGCGAGGACAUGGACCUGCAGCUCAAGAUUGCCGAGAAGGUGCUGACGGACGAGAACAAGGCGAUGGUGUUUUGCAAGAUGCCAGACGCGGUGCGGCGGCACUGGGUUAAGCGGUUGAGGGAAGUGCACAAUAGGAUCGCCUAGCUCUCCGCCGGUCGCUCUGGCUUGGCUUCAGCGUGACCGUUCGGGAAAAGUAAGGAUUGGAAGGCGCUCCAGGUCGGGUCCGAAUUAAAUUGAUGACGGGGCAGGCGGGUGUAGCGGG